GAACUGUGUGGCAACACUACAACUACAGCCAUACCGACAGCAUUUAUAUAACCUUAAAACCACAAAUUAAAAUUCAAUUAUUGUGACACUCUGAUUUUUGUUAACUGAAAGCUAAACGUGAAGCGCCCACAACAACCAGGCCAAGAUGUCAGAUUUCGAGACCGACUUGACCAGCAACGACAAGGAGCUGCAGGAGUUCCUGAUGAUGGAAAAACAGAAGGCACAGGUCAACGCACAGAUACACGAGUUCAACGAGAUCUGCUGGGAGAAGUGCAUUGGAAAGCCCAGCGCCAAGCUGGACAGUGCCACAGAGACGUGUCUGAGCAAUUGCGUGGACCGCUUCAUCGACACAUCGCUCCUUAUCACACAGCGCUUCGCCCAGAUUCUGCAGAAGCAUGGUGCGAACGACAUGUAAGGCCGGAGAGGAAGCUUCCAUUUUGGCAGCCGUCAGCGGACCAAAAGGACAGGACACUCUCUUCGCUUCCCUGCUCUGUCUUGCGGCUGCCUGCACCCAAUGUCCUACUGUUAAAACUAUUUUUAAAAAAUUAUCAUGUAAGAAUAUUUUUUUGAUGUGUCUGCGGUUGAACGGACCCGCGCACACACAAGACACACCCCCCCCGUUCGAUUGUGCAAACUUCCACAAAUUGGACAUGCCUCUCAAUGGCCCAAGACAAUUGCCGGUGCUCAAUUUUACCCCUCUGCCAGCCGCCGUGCCAUGUCUGUGGGCCAUUUGGAGGAGGGACGACGACACGACCCCCAAAAGCCACCAGUACAACUUCAGUGUUCUAGUCCCGUGUAUAUAAUAAUAAUAUAUACGUAAAUAUAUGAUCCUGUUGUUGGCUUGAAGCUAUUUGCAACGAAACCAAAA